GCCGCACUUCUUGAGUCGAGAAGGUAAGGCUUCUCAGCGCGCUCUUCCCAACUGCCUGGGGUCCGUCGGGAUACAACAUGGCGUCUCGCAAGGUGCUCCUCUGCCUUGCGGUAGCCCUCGCGCUGCUCGCACUGGCGGCGCCGCUCGCCUUCGCUGACGCGAACGCAGUCCGUGGAGACCUGAAGCUGAAGGCAAGCCGCCGCGCUCUGUCUGACGGCCAUGAAGAUCACGAUGGCCACGACGACCAUGACGACGACCAUCACAGCGGCGACGACCAUCACAGCAGCGACGACCAUCACGACGGCCACGACGACGACCACCAUUGGUACAGGUCGCCUUCCAAGUCUUCCAGCAGGUGGACCUCCAAGAAGUCUCCGUCCAAACCCUGGCGCUCGCCCUCCAAGUCGCCGAGCAAGUCUCCCGGCAAGUGGCACGAUGACCACGACGACGACGACAAGUAUCACAGGUCGCCCUCCAAGUCGCCGAGCAAGUCUCCCGGCAAGUGGCACGACGACCACGACGACGACAAGUAUCACAGGUCGCCGUCGAAUUCGCCGUCCAGGUCGCCUUGGCGCCGCCCGAAUUCUAGGUCGCCUACUCGCUCGCCCUACAAGUCCCCUGCGAACAAGCGCGAUGACGACGACCACCGCUGGACGGGCAAGUCGCCGUCCAAGUCGCCCGUGUGGGGCAAGUCCCCUGCGAAGUACCACGACGACCACGAUGGCGACGACCACCACAACGGGCACGAGGACGAUGAGCACGAGCACCACUACAGCACCGGGAAGCCCAGGUGGCAGCGCAGCUACCGCGACGACUGACUCAGUCGUCAGGCCGAGUCGGAGUGAGACACGAGCGCGGCGCCUUUCCAGUAGCACGACUCCGUGAGUCUUAAAAUACUCUCAGGGGAUUCCGAUGAGGGUUUCGAGGUUUUGUUGGGGGGUGGGUUUCAGGGCAGGUAUGACGCAUCCACGCCGCGGCGGGCUCAGCACUCCUGAUGCUCGUCGUCGCCUAGUUUUGCGAUUGCCAUGUCAUGGGGGAUUUCCUUUGAUGCCGGUAGUGUUUUGUGUGUGUGUGGGGGGUUGCGGUUAGAGAUUGAAGGAGAUGUAUCGAUAUCCGGCAAUAACAGUAUCAU